UCACUCGUUUUUUCCCCACAAGCUGUGUGUAUUCUUAUCUUUAAUUUCCCUUUAAAUAUCUUCCAGCGUGACUUAUAAUUCAAUUUAUGCUUUUUUCACCUGUUAUCGUAUUUUUGUCUAAUCUAAAGACUCUUGGUUUUGACCAAAGCGUUCAUUGCAAAGGAAUUUACUCUAAAGUAGCUGUUGAUCCUAGCACAUUCGUUUUAUAUAACAGAUCUUUUGAAGUGACUAGCUACUUCUUAUUCCGCUGCUAUGAUAAAUCACUUGCGAAAAAGGAAUUUAAAGAUUGUUUCCCACCUAAAACCAAGCAACAGGCGCGUGAAUAUGUAAAUAUUGCCUUUCGACUGUUGCAAGAUAUUAGGCAAACAAAGAAGCAUAGCAUAUUGGCUCAUAUUCCAUUAAGAAGAAGUUACUUUGAUAAUUAUCGUGGUGAAAUCAUGGGUCAUGUCAUGCUGGCUUUUUCUACUGUAGUGCUGGAAACCGUCUUAUCACAUGCAAUAGAGAUAAAAACGGAUUUCUUAGACAAGGAAACACUUGAAAAUGAAAUACAGAAUCUUUCAGACGAAGUUGUUGAAAAGACGCAAAGUAUCAAUACAUUAAAAAAGGAGUGGAGAGAAGAAGGAUUAAAGAUCGUUGAUGAGCUUGAUAACGCCUUACCAAAGCCACUUGAUAGCAAAAAGUGUGAGGAACUCAAGAUUCGAUUGGAGAAGUCGCUAAACUAUAUUCAAAAGACCAAGUUAUCAAAGUCGAAAACAGCAAAUUCAUUAGGCAAAAAGCUUGCUCAAAUGAUAAUCUCACCACAAGACCCAGAUUCGUUGUUUAUUCUACCAAAGCUGCCACAACUUCUUUUGCUUAAACGUAGUACCAUACGAUCACCUCUUCCAGAAACGCCUAAACGAGAGGUAUAUCCCAACAGCAGUACACCAAUACGAACAAUUUCUCAAAGCGGCUCUCCCAUAUAUACACGCUCCCCUAUCACUCCAAUCAAAAGAAAUACCUACCUUAGUAGCAGUACGCCAGUAAGAGAACACAACAACUCAUCUUUGCAUACACAUUCUCCCAUCAAUUCACUCAAACAAGAGACUCUUUCUAAUAACAAUUCACCAAUAAAGACUAUUUCUCACAACGACUUGCAUCUACACGCGCGCUCUCCUAUGAGCUCGCCACAAAGAGAAGUUUAUCCCAAUAGCAACACACCAGUUAGAACGAUUUCUCACAACGAUCUUCCUUUGCAAAUACGUUCUCCCAUCAGCUCUCCGCAAAGAGAGGCUUAUCCCAGUAGUAGUACGCCAAUAAGAACGCUCUUCCAAAGUAGAUCCCCUGUAUAUACACGCUCUCCUCUCGCUUCACCUGCAAGGCAUCCUUAUAGCAAUACACCUAUAAGAAAUGCUUGUUAUACAAGUAGUACACCAAAGAAAGAAGCGUUUAGUAUCCACACGCCAACAAGGGCGCAUAUCUACAGCAACCUAUCUAUACACGAGCAAUCUCCUACCAAGUCGUUAAGAAGAAGCUCAUAUUCCAACAACGAUGGUCCUAUAAGAACACGUUCUCGUAGCAACACGCCUAUAAGAACACAUCCUUACAGCAGCACACCGAUUAGAAAGCAAAGUGAGCCUUCCUUCGUACAGGAGAUGCAGCAAAUUUACGAAGACAUUGAGCGUAGCGACCACAAAUUAAAUAAGUCUAAUAAUGAAAUACGACAAGAAACAAUGAAGCAGUCGUUCGAAAAUAAUGAACAUGAUGAUCAAGGAUCAUCACUGCUAUACGAUCUGGAAUCUGUAGCAUAUCUAAAUAAUGAAGAACCACCCUCUGCUUUUAUGCACGACGGGAUGAAUACCCCACCUCCCAGGCCAUACGCAUCACCUAGAAGACAAAUGGGCAUCUUCCCUCAAGAUGACAUACUAUUCGAUUUGAAUCUACUAACACCACUUCGCAACAACAAUGAGAGCACUUCAAGAUGGAGAACGCCCAAUAGAAGUGUUUAUAAUAUUUCCACAUCAGCUGCGUCAAAGAUGAGGACACAGUUCUACUAAUUAAAUAUAAAAAGAUAAAAAAUAGUUAAAACAAGUAGACAUUGGCGGAUUUUCUGUUGGUGUUGCCGUAUUAUUUCUAUUUGGUAUUAAGGAAUGCCUAAAAGUUAUACGGAAGGCAUUUGGGUUCUAUUCUCAGUUUGUAAGUGAGGCUCAAUUUUGUUUACUUUUCUAAAACAUAGGAAUGAGCAUAGCAGAUAAACCAUUAACACUUGUGCCAAUAUCUGCGUGUAUGGCUCUUACCACCACACUUUUAAUAGACUUGUUUUUAAAGCAAAGAUGGCCAGCCAGCCUAGAAGUGUUCCAUUGUAGGAGGUCUACAUUGGUGUGUUCUUAUGCCUCCAUGCAAUCGUCGUACCUAACAAAGAACACAACUGAGUUCAAAAAGCAUAAUCUAAAUUUGACAAUUAAGAUUCCUGAGCCUUUCUCCCCCUCCUUCUUUUUCCUUUUUGCUUAAUCUAAAAAGAG